AUGGCAGCUGAGAAAGCGCACCCUCGGACCAAGAAAGAUCCUCCCGCCCAGAAGGACCAGCAGCCUAAGAGGAAAAGAGAAGCUGCGAGCACCUCCGGACCUCAGAAGACUCCUGGACCUAAAGACAAAGCGGUGGAACUGAAGGGUAUCCCGGGGGAUAUUCUAGAAGAAAGAAGGAAAGCAGAAGUAUGCUUGAAGUGCGGCAAGUCCAGACACAAAUGGACCGAUUGUUGGUCAAGAGAACCUACUGUUGUCCGAGUGGCAGCAGUGAGAGUACAAAAGCGAAAAAGAGGGAAUGGCAAGUCCAGCUCUCAGAAGAAGGCUAAAGUGGCUGCUGUAGUAGCAGAGGAUCCGCUUGUUGUACUCCCGGAGGUUACAGAAGAUUUUGUUUUGCAGCCUGAGCAAGACUCGGACAAUGAAAUCCUCUGGUAG